UAUUGAAUUUAUCUCCCAAGUAUUGUCGUAGACACAUGUUUCAAAAAACAGAAACAACACACUCGCUUUCCUUUGCUGACUUUUACUACUACUCUUCAAGUUUGUUACCACUUUUCCAUCUUCCACUUAUCUUAUAGUCAUGAACUCCAAACUCAUCGCCGCUGCAACUUUGCUUGCAAUCCUAACCAUCAUCAUCUCCUUAUUCAACCCACAAAACCUCUUUGUACCGAUUACGAUUCCUGGAUCCAAGGACGACCUCCACGCUGCUCGGAUACUCCACGUCUCCGGAGCCGUCGGUCCGGAGAGUCUUGCCUUCGACGGUAACGGUCAAGGUCCUUACACAGGCGUCGCCGAUGGUCGGAUUCUUAAGUGGGAAGGGGAGGAACGAGGUUGGACUCAAUUUGCUCUCACUACUUCCAAUAGGUCGGAUUGUGUACGUCCAAUCGCACUAGAGUUGGAGCAUGUUUGUGGGAGGCCACUAGGACUAAAGUUUGAUAAGAAAAAUGGAGAUCUUUACAUUGCUGAUGCCUACUUUGGCCUCAAUGUGGUAGGACCUGAAGGGGGUUUGGCCACUCAGGUAGUAACAGAAGCUGAAGGCCAGCCCUUUCGCUUCACCAAUGACAUGGACAUCAGUGAAGAUGAAGAUGUGAUUUACUUCACUGAUUCAAGCACAGUCUUCCAGAGAAGGCAGUUUAUGCUUGCACUUCUUAGUGGAGACAAGACCGGGCGAUUAAUGAAAUAUGAUAAGUCAACAAAAGAAGUGAAGGUCUUAUUAAGAGGCCUUGCUUUUGCCAAUGGUGUUGCUUUAAGCAAAGAUGGUUCAUUUAUUCUGGUAGCUGAAACCUCAACUUUCAGGAUUCUGAGGCUUUGGCUUCGUGGACCUAAUUCCGGCCAAGUCGAUACUUUCGCCGUUCUUCCUGGUUUUCCGGACAAUAUAAGGAGAAACUCGGAAGGACAGUUUUGGGUUGCGUUGCAUGCCAAAGAAACUCCUUUUGCAAAGUUGAUUGCUUCCAAUCCAUGGGCCGGUAAAGCGUUGCUAAAGCUCGGAAACUUCAAGCAGUUGCAUGCAUCAUUGGCGAAGAAGCCUCAUGCUGCAGCUAUAAAGCUGAGCAAUGAAGGGGAAAUAUUAGAAGUCUUGGAAGAUUGUGAAGGGAAUACCUUGAAGUUCAUCAGUGAAGUGGAAGAGAAAGAUGGAAAACUUUGGAUUGCAUCAGUGUUAAUGCCUUUUAUUGGUGUUUAUAGUUUAUGAUUAUGAGAAUGCAAUGUAUAGAUAAGAUGGUAUUUGAAUUACCCUUAGACUCAGUUUGGAUUAACUUGUAGCUUAUGAAAGUUAAACUAUGUUUCUAGUUCUUCACUUGUGAAAAAGUGCUUAUAAGUAAGUUUGUUAUUGAUGUUUCUGGAGGAGUUAAAUGAGAGAAUUGUGGAAA